GAAUUGAAAUCAAGCAUCAUUUCCGCUUGUGUCGUCGUAUUUCGCAUUUCUCCUUCCAUGAGUAAAGUGAACGAUUGCUGUAUUACACUAUUUUCGGAAAUACAGUAAAUUAAUCAUGUCCUACAAUACAAGAAGAAGCAACAUGGGCUACGGUGCACCUCAGCAAAACAAUCCUAUGGGGCAAAGGAGGCCACCAGCAGCACCAAACAGCUUCUUUGUUUCCGGUGGUCAGGUGUACAGAGCCAUACAGAGCCAUGGUAGUUGCACAUAUAUAGGCACCUAUUUGUAUUGUGUUCAUUAGAAAUCUGAUUAAACUUCCUUACAAUUUCAAUUCAUCCUUGUCUAGUCAUAGAGAUAUACAUGUGGGGAAUGAAUUGAUUUUUAUUGGAAAUUUAAGCAAUUCUCUUUGAACAACACAUGUAUCUUGACUGCAUAUUGUGUGUUUCUUAUUUUGUUGUUAACUUUCGAUUCUGCAUCCUGGCAGUAUCUGAGUAACAGCGUACAGGUUUAACACUGUGUUAGUUACGAGCAAUUGAACGCAUGGUUAUCUACAAAAGAGUAACCGCGCUUUAUUUCUCUUUAACUGCCAGUGUUUUAGGUAAACAAUUUAGAGUCAAGAUAUGAAAUUAAAUAGAUAUCUUUAACUGCAUGUUGUGUUUGAGGAUAGUUAAAGUGCCACGAUCAGAACCAAACUAAUAAUCGCUCGAUUUUACGUAGUGGUAAUUUUAACUAUCAACAUAUCUCAGUUAAAGAUGCACCUAUAUGGGUGCCUCACACCGUCGAGGGUUUAAUAUUUAAUGAUAAAUUUAACCCUGCUCGUAUAGCUGUCUGGCUCACAACAAAAACCAUUAAUGAAGGGGCCAGCAUAUCAGCAGCCAAGAAUGACUCAGGCUCCUCAAAGACCCCCACAUCAGAAUGUCCAGAACUUUAAUGCUCAGGCUCAACAACAGCAGACCCAACAAAAUCAGACGCCAAACAUUCAGCAGAAACAGGCCCGGCCUCAGGAACCUCAAUCAACUCCAGUUCAACCGAAACCAAGUCCUUCGGUUCAGCAAACUCCCCCUCCUGUAGAACCGCCAAAAGCAGCUACUACAGUUUCACCAACGCCUGUAGCAGCACCAACGCCUGUAGCAGCACCAACACCUGUACCUGCACCAGAACUGGCACUCGAACCUCAAACGGCUCCAGUUGAGGUAUCCAAUCCUCCUCCAUCUCUGGGUCCAACCGAAGACUACAUGGACUUGGAAAUGGAUAACAAAAAGAGAUUGUUUUGGAAGAAAGGUAACAAGAUUUCCAAAGCUGAAAAGCUCCGCAAGCGUAAUUUGAGAUUGAGCAAGAUUCUGCAGCCAAAGAGCGCCAUUAUGAUCCUCAAUGAGUUGGUGAAAGGAUGUUCUUACAAUGUCGAAGAACUCCCUGUUAAAACCGAUGCUGCUCACUUUAGAAGUAUUGUUAAUUUUGAUGGACAGGAGUUUGCUGGCACGGGACGCACGAAAAGCCUAGCACGGAAUGCUGCUGCAGAAAGAGCUUUAAAGUAUCUGGUCAAGAAUAAGAAAAUGACUUCGACGAAAAAAGAAGGAGCCGAUGCCGAUGGUGAUUGGAAGAUGGAAGUUGAUGGAGAAGACAAUCAAACAUUGCCAUGGUCACAUAUUGCUUCUUUUGCUAUGUAUAAAUUGUUUUCCACUUGGGGAGAAGAUCGUUUGUUCCAGAAAGAGAUGACUGAUCCAUCAGACUUAAUUUUGAAAGUGAAUGCUGGUCCCAAGGAACCAAAACCUGCUAAAAAAAUGCCCGAAAAUCCCGAACUCAUGAACCCGUUAAUGUUGAUGCAUCAGAUGAUGCCGACCGCCGUUUGGCAAGAAGUUGAGAGUAAAGGAAAUCCACCAAAUGUAAUAUUCACGUUUUCUUUAUCCAUCGAGGGAAAGCAAUUUAUCGGAUCUGGUUCAAGCAAAAAGGCUGCUAAAAAGUUAGCAGCAUUUGCAGCAUGUCACGACGUUCUGCAAGUUCAAUAUCCUCCGGAUAUAUGGACUCCAGUCUAAUGCAGCUGAGUUUCAUGUAGGUUUUUCAUUUGCUGCAUCUCUAAGCUUCUCUAAAUUAGGGUACAGAGAGGAUGUAUGAUCCAUACAAUUAUUUGAAUAAGUUUGUGUUAUUUAACGAUGGCGACCUGUUACAAGAUAGAAGUAAUUACAAAUUAUCUCAUUUGUAUUCGAAAAGUUAGUUGAUGCAGAUAAUGGUUGCAAUAUUAUUCGCAUAUGUGAUUCUGAUGAUUACUUCAUUAUAAUACAAUUUAUAAUUUUUUUAUUUCAACUUUGGGACAUAUUAGUUGCUAUAAAGAAAGUCUAUAUCAUGCUGAUACAAAGUUAAUGGUAUCGUACUGCGGUAUUAAAUUUGUUUAAUGUAUAUGGACGUAUUAUAAUGAGGAAUAAAAUAUCUUGUAUAUAA